CAUUCGAUCUAUCCGUGAGUUGUAUCCAGUUUCGUUUUCCGCUGGGGAAAGUUGCUGUUGUUGUUGCUGUUGUUGUCUCUUUUUCUCCGAAAAUGGUGGAAAACCCGGAGAAAACCUUCACCGCGAAGGAAGCGACGUUUAAUCAAAAGUUAUUCGCCGUGCUACACGUACCCGGCCUACAGUAUGUGUUUGAUCAGCGGAAACAUCCACUUGAAAGGUAAAUGGUAGUUGGAUUGGGACGGCCAGCUUAACUACCUUCAUCGCGUGGGUUUUCCUCCCUCCCUAGCGCCAAACCCUUAGAACCGCAAGUUGACGAAUGAAAAAGGAUUACAGUCCCUUUUUUGCGGGAUGGCCCGAGUUUUGUUUUUUUCUUUUUGUUCUGUUGCCCAUGUCUUUAGGCUGUUUUGGGUGCUCGUUAUCCUGGCGGCGAUCCGGGGCAUGCUGUUUCUGGGCCAGUACCAGUACGCCCGGUACGGUGCCAACCCGACCGCCAUCCAGAUGGACAAAAACUACCGCGACUGGAUCGGCAUUAUGCCGGGCUUAACGUUCUGCUUUCACGACCGGAUCGACUGGAAGCGGGCCCACGAGUAUCUGGAGCGCAUUCAGCUUACCGGUCACGGAGAAGCCACCAGGGAAAGCUUAACGGCGAAUAAGACCACCGGGACCAGCCGUUACCUUGCCGAGUUUGUCCAAACGCUUGUCGAUGCGACCGCCACCGAGCUGGGCAAUCUGUCGCGCUUUCUCAACGACAGCCGGCUGGCCGCAGACGUCAAUGUGCUCGAGCUAAUCAGCACGGUACACCCGAAUCAUGAUAUCGCGAUCAACAGCUUCCAGCCGGGCCAUGGGGGAUUGCUGCAGGUGCAUCAGAUUGUCACCGAGCGGGGUAUCUGCUACGCACUGAAUGCACCGCUCGCCUUCCUGCAGCACGCCACCCGGACGGGGCAACCGCUGGCUUCCGAGAAGGACGUGCCCGGCUGGGCUCCUAUAUCGUGCGAAUUUAGCAAACAUCACUGCUACAUGAAGCUGGACAUGUAUCGGUCAACGGUAUCGUAUGCCAUACAUUCUCCGUACGAGGUGGCCACCAGUGAUCAGCUGUUUACGCACGUGGACGAGUCGGAUGAACUGGUUGCCGUGUACAGUGUGCUCGAGACGGUCGCGAACGAACGUCUCAAGGAUCUGACGGUGCGGCAGCGUAAUUGUUUCUUCUACGAUGAAGUGUACGAACGGUUGCCGCGCUACAGCCACAACCUGUGCAUUAUGAGUUGUCGGGCGAAACGGGCACUGGCAGCAUGUCGGUGCCGGCCACACUUUUAUCCGUUCGCCGAGGGACCAGCGUGCAGCGUACAGGGAUUGCAUUGCCUGCAGCAGCAUCCGGACUGGUACUCGGCAGAUGUGGACUGCAAAUGCUUGAAAUCGUGCACGGACGUGGGCUAUUACGUGGCAUCACUUAGCAAAACGCAGUGGACGGCCGAAGGAGGCAUCCCGUUCACGCACAAAGCGUCCUUACGGUGGGAAAUUCUAAAGCCCAAGACGAGACUCCGGAGAGUGCUUAUAUUCAGCUACGAAGAUUUGCUCGUUUCGUUCGGUGGCGCGGUAGCAUUGUUUUUGGGAAAGAAUGGAUUUUACCUCUCGAAAGUUGCGGAAUUUUUAGUUAUUGAAUUUAGUGGUUGGGUACGGCGGAAGUUUUUUGUGCGCAAAGCCGUAAAGAAAGACAUUAAAACCCCUCACUUAGCUCCGUCCAAAUAGAGUUGGUACGCUCAUAACCAAAAUUUACUAUAAUCGUGUGUGGAAUACUUAUCUUAAUAUGAAAUGUUUUAGUAGAUCACGUGCGUAAAAUAUUUAAUCACUAGCACACGAUCUUGCUUCAAAAUAACCGACACUGAACUGUGGUAAUUUUGCUUUUGAAAUUCACAUUAACCACAGUUCAUUUCAGAUGAAUUUCGAUCAACUGUGGGAUGCCUGUAGCACUGUCCGGACAUUUUUCGUACAAUAUUUCCUGCAUUCCGUUUCUUUUUAACACUCUCAAAU